AGGCAGUUGUUCGCGUUAGCUUUUGCGAAAAAAUUUUAACCAGUCGAUGUUUAUGUUCAUUUUUUGUCUGAGAGUGGUCACAGACAAUUUUUUACAGAUGCGCUUUUCCAUUGUGGAAUUUACUGAAGAGAAAACAGUAGCUGUUGUGCCCAACAUAUGGAUUGUUGGUGGCAAAUGCUAUUGGCCACCAGGACCUGGCUGCAAAAUGGCAACUGUUCAAAAAGCAAAAGCCCCCAACAAAGACUGGAAAAUGUACAGCAUUGUGGUGAAAACUACCUACAGCACAUAUCAAGAGGCUCGUAGAAAUCUGGAUCAAGCUCAGUACUCUGAUGUUGAAUCUGAGCACCUUCAGAAACGGAAGGUGUCAAAGCCAAGUCGUUACAUCAGCGAUGAUGAAGUGCCUACUUUUCAUUCACGCCUCACUGGUUCAAAUGGACCGUCCACAGAUGAACGAAUGGAGAACACUUGUGCAAAUGCUUGCGACGAAUUUCACGAAGGAGGAAACCAGUUGCAAGAGGUUGGCAACCAACAGAAAGGACAGAUGUCAAAGCCAAGCCACACCUUCAAUGCUCUUUUGAAACCCCCCAGCAGCUUUCCUGGCCCAUCUGGUUCAACACACAGAGACUGCGACACUCCGGCAGAAAACACUGAAGAUCUUUCAAGUGACUCUGACGAAUCGGAAGAUGGUUGUGAGAUGCUGGAUGGCCAGGAGACUGAAGCUGGCAUGCGUGACUCUGCCAUGGCUUCACCUCCUGCACGGGCAAAAAACAGGAAGGUGCUAACCCCAGAGGAGUUCCAGCAUGAAGUACUCGUGAAGCUGACAGUGCUGCGAAUGGUUCAAAAGCAGCAUGGGGAACUUAUACAUGGGCUGAUCGGCCGGCUUCGGUCCAAUGCUGCCAAAGGAAAUGCACCUUUAGUUUCCAGCCCGUUCUCGGAGUACGAGUCACUGAAACAGUUCGAUAACAAGUUGACUGGCCAGAUGAAAGAUGUGCUUGUGGAAGAGCUUGCCAACAAAGGUGGAAUCAAUGCGGCUGCGUGCACAAAAAGAAUUCUUUGCUACCUGCUCUGUGACAAUCUUGCAGCGGAAUUCUCAUGGCUUGGAAAAAAAGGAAAGCGUAGAUUCAGCGAGCUCCGUCUUGCCUCUUGCAUAAUAAGUGCUGUGCAAAAGGUUCACGCUGCAAAUGAAUUUGCCAUAGAGGCAGCCAUUGUCAUGCCCCAGCAAGGCACAGGAAUGCAGCAAGAGGAUCAAGUGGUUGUGAUGAGUAGCCAUGCAGCAUGA